ACCAGUGACCGCAUUUUUUCUGGCAACAUAGAAGAUGGACAACAAUCAGAGAAAUACAGUCCUUCACUGCUCAACCUGGUCCAUUGCACAUUGAUGUACCAACUGUUUCAGCAGAGACAGUACCCCCAACACCGGACCUCAACAUGCCCCCGACAACGGCCCUUGACUACUCAGUGACAUUUAAGCCCUGGGAAAAAGAAUGGAAUCCUAUCCAGGACAAACUGCUCAGUUACGUGCUUUACACAGGAUGGCCUGGGGCAGAAAUUAUUGCGAAAGAAGGGCCCUUAUGUAUCACACGUGGAGAAUUCUGGAGCCUGGGGUUGCUAAGAAACAUGGAUUAUCAUAUUGGGAAUGCCUGUUUUAAAUUGAUUCAUGAAGCAGCUCAGCAACAUGGCAAAGACAUUUAUAUAAAGGACAUGUACGUCGUUCCUACAUGGAGCAACAUCGUUGGCAACUUUCCAAUCAUGAAGCCACUCCUGAGAGAGAUGAUCUUUUUAGACUCGCAGUACACAAUGCAUGAGUCUGGGUUUGGUGAUGCUGAGUACAGAGCCAUUUUUUGGUCCACAUAUGAGGUAUACUGUUUAUCAUGUUCAUAUAGCAAUUUACAUUUCGGCUACAUUCCUAUUGCCUGUACUGAUAUGUUUUGGCUACGAUCCUAUAGCCUGUACUGAUAUGUUUUUGGCUACGAUCCUAAAGCCUAAUGUCUCAGUGGUUGUCACAUAUCUAUCUGUUUCAAAUUAUUUUAAUUUUUUUAUCGUAUAGAGAUCUUGCUCAGCAAAUUGAUCUUGGGAGCUGGACUGAGAAGACUGGGCAUGAUAUUGUGGUGAAUAAUAUAUGUAUAAUUAGCUAUUCCAAAGAAAUAUAACUAUUGCCCGUAAUCUGCAUUUCAUAUAGAAGUCAUCAUGUGACAGAAGACAGCUGCUUUGAUCUAUCAGUCAUGUAUCACGUAUCAGUAAUCAGUAAUCCUUCUUUUUGUUGAUUUUAGGGCUUGCCACACCAGAUCUGUUGAAAUGACUGUGGGAGUUUUAUGAUUAUGUUAGGGUCUCAGGUUUUUUUGGUAAGUAUAUGCAGGCUUCUGUCAACAUUGUAAAUAAAAGGUUUUCCUUCCUUUUCUGUUCCAGUAUACCCUUUCCAUUGUGACAAGCAUGGGGUUUGAAUUCCAGGAGAUGGACAUGCCAUUGAUUCGGAAGUGGUGGUGUCUUCUUCUGAUGGAGCGUUUUAAAAUUGAUGGGCAUGGCCAGAGGUUUGCCUUCUGGACUGAUGAGGCCAGAAGCUUGCUACAGGGAACCCUUCAGCCAGUAUUCAGAGUGCCAAGACAGAGUGCCAUCACUGAGGAAGUUCCAGUCCACAUGCAGGCUGUCAUUGAGGAAAAGAAACUGGUGGACUUCAUUGUACAGUCACAGGGAGCUGAACAGCAUUUGGUGGGUGUACGCAAUGGGAAGCCUUCAAAGUGGUUUCCUCAGAAGUCCUCUUCCCGUGUGCCUGUCUACCUCGACAGUGAAGAACAGGACACCCUUUUUGCUUAUCUGAAGGCAGUACUGCAUAGAACACCAACGCAACUGAACUUCACGGAUGAAGUGCAGUUCAUCUGUGGUGUUCUAUUUCCAGAGGCCAUCAUAUAUGGCCUGGCUGUGCUGCAGAAUUUGUCUUUGCAGGAGGCUGAGCAGGCCUUCUUCUCUGGUCCUGAUUAUCAAUCACAGAUAAGAGUAGAAAAUUGAAGUGGAGAAAUGCAAUAGAGGGAUACACAAACAAUUGAGGAAAGAAGGGAGAAAAUUCAUUUGGUAGGUAGUGCUGCUACAUACUUUACAAUCUGGGCUUUAAAUAUUUAAGGGUCAGGAAAAGUCAGAAGUAACAUGUUAUUUCUAUUCGGAGAAUUUGGGAACACUGAUUGAACAGUACUGACUGGCAUUUUCAAGGCUUUGGAUAUCUUUUUAUAUCCUUUUCCAUCUUUAUAAAAGUUCCAUUACCUUGUUACGCAGGUCUUUUGACAGUUCUUUUCUGCUCCCCAUGGCUCAGUAUCUAGCCUGCUCAGUGCAUCCACAUGAGAGCUAACAAACUCAUUGACUAUUUAUACACAGACACUAAUUGCAAUUUAAACCAGUGUGUGCCACCAUGUGUGUCUGUAACAAGGCCAAACAUUCAAGGGUAUGUAAACUUUUGAUCAGGGCCAUUUGGGUGAUUUCUGUUACCAUUAUGAUUUAAAAAGGAGCCAAACAACUAUGUGAUAAUAAAUGGCUUCAUAUGAUCACUAUCCUUAAAUAAAAGACAGUUGUUUUGCAUGAUCAGUCAUAUUUUCAAAAUCAAUGCCAAA